AUGAAGACGAGUUCCAAGAAGAAGGUUAUCAGCAUAUCAUUGGCAAAUGCCCGACAAGUUGCGUAUGCCCCUUGUCCGUUAUAUAAGAUUAGCAAGGCUGCAUUGAAUGCUUUGAUGUGGAUGAAGAGUGAUAUGGAUGGACAGGAAGCUGAUCUCACCGUUUCACAAGGCGCGGAAGCUGUGUUGAAGGUUGUGAUGUCCGCUACUGGCCAGGACAAUGGUAGUUUUAAGAACAUUUUUAUCCCAGGAUGGGACAAAUAUGAUGGAAAGUAUUCAGAAUGGUGA